GUCAAACCUCUUCGCCCACGUGUAACUACGUGUAUAAAAAAUAAAUAAAUAAAAAUCACCCACAGGUCACUCUGGUCCAUCCAGGAACUGCAUGUCUAAGAUCCUUGACAACUAAAAAUAAUCAUGCAUAAUCCUUGACAAAAGAAAACAAAUCUUUUUUUUUUUUCUUUUUUUUCUUUUUUUAAAUUUGUACAAUUUUAAAAACCCUGAUCAUUCCCAACAAUUAAUCCUGACCUUUCCACACUGAAACUAUUUCCACUAUGAUCCGAAUGAUGAAAUACGAGCUUUACAGUGGAGAUCAACUUGAAAGGAGGGCCUCGGCGUGGAGAACGUGGAACUACGACGCACACGGGUUGCCAGAUUGAACACUUUCAUCCAACUGUUUUUUUUUUUUUGUAGAUGAUAUACAUAUACAUCAUGUUCCACAGCCUAUUGUAGGGUUUUACCCCGGGUGAUUAUAUUCUACAUUUAUGAAUGAAUGGGCUGAAUAUUAUUACAUAGCAGAAUAAUAAACGUGAAAUGAUGAUCAGUGGAAGAAUGGAUAUUUUGCAAUUUGGCAACCCGGGAGGCAUAACACGUCGUGAUGUGUAGCUCUUAGUAAAGUUACCUGGCCGACGUGUGACUGCGUGCGUACGUCUGUAUUACGCAUUUGCUACGGCUUGUUUAGGGUUUUUUUUUUUUAACGUCAUGUGAGUUGUUUUCGUGUGUAAAUGUGAUGUUUCUGUUUCUUUUUGGACUUCGUGUGGACAAAAUGUGUCUUAGAGAAAGAAUUCAGACUAGAAGGACGCGGAUGAGAUGCUGCCACGCAGUCAUGGCUCCACUAUGGUGAAAGUUCUUUAUCGUGUUUAGGCUCUCCACGUCUAAUUAGACUUUAAAAACACAUCUCCAACAUGAAGGUCAGUAAGUAUUUAAGAGGGAGCGGGAGGUUCCUCGCGUUGGUCUUCGUUGCCUCAGUACUUUGGCUCCUGUUUGACAUGGCAGCUCUCAGGCUGUCUCUUACAGACGUGAAUGGACAACUCAUGAAAGAGAGAGAGUUGGCCAAAAGACCAAACUCAAAGCCCACCAGCUUGAAGCAUUACCCUUUCCAAAAGGUGAACCCGGAUGUCGAGAUGUCUCAACGCUCAGAAAUGCUCAAUAGACAAGUUGUUGAGGUUUACAGGCGGAAAAAACCUGCCAGGAUUAAUGGCGAAAAUAAAGCAGCAGCACCUAAGUCGCUUGGUAACAUUGUAACCGUGACUUUGCCCAAAGUGGUGGCCGGAAAUGACCCAAAAGUGCACGCGGAUACAACACGAUUUGGACAAAGUGUUAUUUUGGAAAAGCAAAACCCUCCAAGCAACAAAGUAGCUCCAGGAAUGGGAGCAGACCUGAAGAAGCCAGUCCUGAGAAAAACCAAAGCGCCAUCUGCUGGCCAGGAAGGAAACCGUAUAAAACUGCAAUCAAAUGACACCAAAGCCCACCAAAUACCACCACAGGACUUGAAAGUACCUCCAGAUGUUGCUUUGUCUAUCAAAUCCAACAGCACAUUGAACAAGAUCAAACCGGAUGCAUCCAACAACGCUUCCCUGACACGAUCUCCAAAACAGGAACACGCCGUUCAGAUUGUCGAUAAGAUGAAAUCUGUUGUAAAAGAUAACAAGACUGACUUGCUGAAUGUUAAAACCUUCGUGCAAGUCACAGCAAAACCACCACGAGCCCGUCUGAACAUCGAAACUGGAGAGCUCCUGAACACGACAGGCGUGAGGAAGCAAGGUGGGCUUCGUAAGGUCAUGAACCUGGAUGUGACCCUCAAACCAAGGGAUGCACGCGCGCCCGGGCAGUUCGGCUGGGCUGCAGAGGUGCCUCUGGAUGACCUUGACGAGAGCAGGCGCAGAUGGACUGAGGGCUAUUUCAACGUGUUCCUCAGCGAGCAGAUUCCAGUGGACAGGGCCGUUCCAGACACACGACCUCCAGCAUGCUCAGAGAAUUUAGUUCACAAUGAUCUGCCUACGACGAGUGUGAUCUUCUGCUUUGUGGACGAGGUUUGGUCCACUCUGCUGCGCUCUGUCCACAGCGUGCUGAACAGAUCUCCACCUCACCUGCUCAAAGAGAUUCUACUGGUAGACGACUGCAGUACGAAAGACUACCUGAAGGACAAGCUGGAUGCUUACAUGUCUCAGUUCCCCAAAGUCCGGAUCAUCCGCCUCAAAGAGAGGCAGGGGUUGAUCAGGGCGAGGCUGGCCGGGGCUGCUGCGGCAAAGGGUGAUGUCCUGACGUUCCUGGACUCCCAUAUCGAGUGUAAUGUGGGCUGGUUGGAGCCGCUGCUGGACAGAGUGUACCUAGACCGCAGAAAAGUCGCCUGUCCUGUUAUUGAGGUCAUCAACGAUAAGGAUAUGAGUUAUGUGAUGGUGGACAAUUUCCAAAGAGGCAUCUUCAAAUGGCCUUUAGUGUUUGGUUGGAGUACACUAUCAAAAGAUUUGAUCAGGAAGAACCACAUCAAAGUCUCCGAUCCCAUCAGAUGCCCAGUGAUGGCAGGGGGGUUGUUCUCUAUAGAUCGGAAGUAUUUUUAUGAGCUGGGAGCAUAUGAUCCAGGCCUGGAUGUGUGGGGAGGGGAGAAUAUGGAGAUCUCUUUCAAGAUCUGGAUGUGCGGUGGUGAGAUUGAGAUCAUCCCGUGCUCUCGCGUGGGUCAUAUUUUCCGUAGCGAGAACCCCUACGGCUUCCCCAAAGACCGUCAGAAGACGGUGGAGAGAAACCUGGCUCGCGUGGCUGAGGUCUGGCUGGACGAGUAUAAAGAGAUUUUCUACGGCCACGGUUAUCUGCACCUGCUGGAUAAGAAAGUGAUAGACAUCGGGAACCUCACAGCACAGAUCCAGCUGCGUGAGAAGCUCCAGUGCAAGAGCUUUAAGUGGUACGUGGAGAACGUCUUCCCCGAGCUGGACGCUCCGCUGGCCAAAGCUGAAGGCCUUGUCUUUAACAUUGGCACUAGGAAGUGUCUGGUGCAAGAAAAAGGCUCUUUAUCUUUUGGGGUCUGUGAUCUUAGCAAACAGAGCCAGCAUUUCAGCUACAGCUGGGUGAGAACGCUCCGCCAGAACACUACUUGCUUGUCUCCACAAUUCACAGGAAGAGGCGUGGCCUUAGAGCCAUGUGACAACACUAAGCCACACCUACGCUGGCUGCACAAGUCCAAUAAAUUUCUGCCAGAGCAUCUGAUUGCUGAUACACAUCCUCAACGCACGUGUCUGGAGGCAGGAUCUGAAGGAAACACCAUCUACCUAAAGGCAUGUGACGUAUCCAGUUCUUAUCAGAAAUGGCAUUUCACACACUACUAUGCACAGUGAGCCCCGGAGACGCAACCAGUUUUUUUUUGUUGUUGUUGUUGUUUGUUUUUUUGUUUUUCCAUCUCACUUUGUCAGGAUGAAGACAUUAUGUUACAUAGUGUGUAAGUGAAGUAUUGACAGAUGCAUGCUGAGAUGACGUGUAAUUUUGGUUAAAAUGUCUGUUUUAAGGGUCUGUGUGGUACGCUUUUUUUGUUGGCCCUGGAUGAUUUUGAGAGCAGCUACACUACAAGAUCAUGUUUUUGGGGACUAUUGAGAACUUAAUGGACUUCUUGUUCUGCUUGGUUGAAACAAGCAAAAAGUAUUUGAAGUUCCUGGUUAAAAUAAAUAAUUAAAUAAAUAAAAUAAAAAAGGUAUAGAAACCUUUCUAGUACAUGUUACACAUCCAGUGGUACUUGGGUCAUAUAACAGUUGAGUGUGGUACGUUGUCAGUGAUGGCACAAACUUGGAAUGUUACACAAAACAUGCUUUUAAUAAUAAUUGUAUUGUUUACAUCAAUUAAAAAUAAGCAGUGUUAUGCUGUACACAUUCCCUGUUGACACUAGAGGGAGCUGUUUACAAUGUUUUUGAAUCCUUUUUUUUUUUUUUUUUUUUUUUUUUUCCUGGUGAUUCUAGAUGUUAAGACCAAAUCAGACUGCCUUUAUUAAAAAAUUAAACCCUUUCUUUAUUGAGUUGCAGUGUUUGUAUGAUUAAUGAAAGGACUUGAUAUCAGGCACACCAAUAUUACACUUUCAUAACACGUUCACCCGACUGUUACAGCGGUGUAGGAAAUUUUCACAAUAGUGUCAUUUUAAAAAUGCUUAAUACUCUGAGCAGAUCAGUUCAUGAUGCUCAUCUGCUCAAAAGGCUUAUGGAGAUGUCCUUAUCUCAUGAACUCCAAACUAUCUAUAGACUGUCAUUAAGUAUCUUAAACUGAUUCUCUACAGCAUGCCGGUGGAUGUGUACCUAUCUUCCAACAACGUCAUAAAAUGCAUCAAGAGAGCUGAUAUUGUGAUAUGACUAGAGACAAGAGGAUAGUCUGUAGAUUAUCUACAGUAGCCAUAAAACGUGUACACAUCCCUGUUAAAAUUGCAGGUUUUUGUGGUGUCAAGAUGAAAUCACAAUAAAUCAUGUCAGAUCUUUUUCCACCUUUCAUGUGACAUAGCAACCGACAAAUUUAAGUGGAAAAACAAAUACAAACACUGUAGGGAAAAAAAGAAGUGUUAGUUAGAACUAACUAGUACUAAUACUUCGUUAAAGCAUCUUUAGCCUUCAAUACAGUACUUGAUUUGGCCUUUUUUUUAUUUUAUUCUUUCUUGCAAAAAUGCUCCAGAUCUAUCAAAUUACAUGGGGAUCUUCUGUGCUCAGCCCUCUUCAAGUCAUUCCACAGGUUUUGGAUGGGAUUUAGAUCUGGGUUCUGACUGGGCUAUUCCAAAACUUUGAUCUUUUUCUUCUGAAGUCUGACGAUUUGUGCUUUGGGCCAUUAUUUGCCGGAAGGUGAUUUUGUUUCUUCAUCUUCAGCUUGUCUAACAGAGACCUGCAGGGUUUUUUGUGCCAAAAUAGAUUGAUAUUUGGAGCUAUCCAUUUAUUUAGUAUUUGAACUUGAAAAGAAGCAGCCUCAUAGCAUGAUGCUUACACCA